AUGAGGGAUCUGUCAUUGGAGAAGGGAAGUAGUUCAAAGCAGAAAGAAGCCCAUGGCUAUGAUGUUGAAAUGAUAAUGCCCAAGGUUGAGGUUGAGGAUUUGUCUUACGAUGACUCCCCACCUCGUCAUACUACGCACUCAAUGAGGAUUACUUCUGGGGAAAAUGUUGCAAGCUCAUCAUCCAGCUGCACUUUGAGAUCAUCCUUUGUAGGGAUGGGAUUUGCACCAUCUCUGGUUGACAGAGCAAUUAUAGAAAAUGGGGAAGGCAACGUUGACUUGAUAUUGGAGACUCUCUUUACAUAUUCUGCCCUUGAGAAUCAAAAUUCUGACCACUCCCUUUCUGUUGGAGGCUUACUUGAAGAGGAUAACGGGCUAAAAACAGAAAGUGGUACAAGAAAGGAUCUACGUAGCUCCUUCUCAUCUGACUCUUUGGAUAACCUAUUAGAUGGAGUUGUAAAAGAGGAGCCUGAUGAACAUAGUAUUUUCAGUGAGAAAAGGAUAUGUUUGAUGCGCAUGAGUUUCUCUAAAGCUGAAGUGGACUCUGCAAUGAACAUGCUUGGUGGUGAUGCAUCCAUAAAUGAUUUAGUGGACUUCAUCUUUGCUGCUCGGAUGGCUGACAAGUGUGAGAAGGCUGCUAGUGGUCCAGCUCAUAACUGUGCAAAAAAUCUCCAGCAAUGUAGCACCGAAGCUUUGUUUGGUACUAUGGAGAAGACGCUUAUGUUAUUUGAAAUGGGCUUCACGGAACAGCAAAUAUCAACAGCUAUUGACAUAUGUGGUUCAGAGUUACCCGUAUCAGAACUUGCUGCUGCAAUCGUGACUGGAGAUUAUACCUGUAUUAAGGUGGAACAGUAUUACGAUCCUUCAUCUCCAGUUGCUAAUAAUGACACUACUGGAACUGGUUCUAAAGUCGCUGAUCCACUUUCCAUCGAAGCUGGAACUGUUUCUACUGUUGCUGAUCCAUUUUCUAUCAACAUUGGAACUGGUUCUACUGUGGCUGAUCCAUCCGCUAUCAAGGCUGAAGAUGAGGAAUGUAGUAAUUUAGAUGAUACUUUCACUGGGGAUGGGGAGUUUGAUUUCUUGGAGAAGUUAAAAGGAAAAAGGCCAAAAGGAAAUGACAACGAUGAGGGACAAUCUUUGAAAAGGCCAAAAGAAGAAUAUGAUGACGAAUGGGAGGACUUGAGUUGGUUACAAGAGGUUCCGAAAAACUCUAUAUCAGUUGGGAAUAAUUUUCAAAAACAUAAAGCUCGGAAAAAUGUCCAUAAAGUGACACCCCAGACCCGAGCAAUAUUAGGAGGAUCAGGAGCGACACGAAAGAUGACCUUGUCCAAGUUGUGCAAUACUCACAAUAAGAUGGUGGAUGGACCUCCCUACUUCUUUUAUGGAAGUGCCUUGGAUUUAAACCAAGACUCAUGGUGCAAAAUAUCGCAAUUCUUGUGUUCCAUUCAACCAGAGCUGGUAAACACAGAACUCUUUUCUGCCAUCAGUCGGCAGGAAGGCUACGUCCAUAACCUUCCUACUGAGAACAGGUUCCAUGUUCUUCCAAAGCCGCCAAUGACCAUCGAGGAAGCUUUGCCUAGGUCGAGUAAAUGGUGGCCUUCUUGGGAUACAAGGAAGCACUUGAGUUUCAUCAGUUCUGAAACAAAGGAAGUUUUUCUCACAUGUGAGAGGAUAGGGAGGAUGUUAGAGAAUUACCGAGGAGUUGCUUUGGUUACGAAGCAGACACAACUUCUCGAACAAUUCAAGAAGUUUAAUCUCGUCUGGGUUGGGAUAAACAAAGUGGCGCCCAUACAACCGGAGGAUUUAGAGCGGAUACUAGGUUACCCGAUGCGACAUACCCUAUAUCCCGGUGUUAGUCUUGAGGAAAGGCUCCAAUUACUCAAGGAUUGCUUUCAAGUGGACACAUUGGCCUAUCACUUUUCCCCACUUAAAUCUCUGUUCUCUCAAGGUUUAACCAUUCUCUCAAUCUACAGUGGGGUCGGUGGUGUUGAGGUCGCACUUCACAAGCUUGGUCUCAACUUUAAAGUUGUGGUUUCAGUUGAGUCUUCUGAGACCAACCGACGAAUAUUGAAGCAUUGGUGGGAGAAGGAAAACAUAAGUGGAGAGUUGAUACAGAUUGAGAGUAUCCAAAACCGUGUGGGGACUGCAAAACUCGAGGAUUUGAUAAACAAGUAUCAAGGAUUUGAUAUUGUCGUAGGUCAAAAUCCAUCAAACGACUCCGGCGGAAUAGAUUUUCGGUUGUUCUAUGAAUUUGUCCGUGCCUUGCAACGAGUUCGAAGUGCCAUGAGGAAGACGAAAGAGUAG